UUAUUUUUUAUAAGUUCCAUUGAAUAACAUUAAUUAUUAUUUAUUACGUUAUUUUAACUUUAAAAUAAUUACAAAUUAGCUGUUCUGUGUUCUUUUUCGUUUUGAUUUCACCCAAAUCUAAUUAUGUCUGCAAUUAAGUUUGGUAGCCACCUAAAAGAAUUACGGUUGCACUUGUGUCAGUCAUCUCCUUCAAGCAAAGGAGUCCGGCAGUUUGUUGAAAAAUACUAUAUAUCAUUGAAAAAAGCUAAUCCAAAAUUUCCCAUUUUGGUACGUGAAUGCAGUGGUGUAGAACCAAAAGUGUUUGCUCGUUUUGAAUUUGGACAAGAACGAAGCGAACAACUAUCUGAUCAAUCGGCAGAUAAUGUACUUAAGAAAAUAGAAGGAUUAGUAAAACAAUAGAAUUGUUGUAAAAGAAAAAUAAUGUUAUUUUAAUAUUAUGUACAUAUUAUAAAAUAUUCUAUCAAUA